AUGGAAGGGUCACCAAUACAUGCACGCCUCAACCCUCAUGUGCCAGUCCUUGCUGUGUACUUUGAUGGCCAGAGGGACCUCAUGAGGGACUACAGACUGAGGUGUCAGUCUGUAGAGUGCCUCAUGAGGAUCCUGCCAUCAAAGUACACACAAGGCUGGUCACAUGAGGUGCAUGUAUUGGUGACCCUCUACUGGUUGGCACAUGGCCUAUCAUACAGUGUGGUGUCCCGGGCCUUUCAUGUCCCCAAGAAUACGGUCUGCAGGCUGGUGCACACGGGAGUGGAGAAGAUAGCAGCCCUUCGCCAGGAGGUCAUCCGUCUGCCCACCGCUACAGCACUGAAUGAGGUUGGCCAGACCUUUGCACGGCUGGCCAACAGUCCAGUGUUCUCCAGGUGCGUGGGCUCCAUCGACGGCUGCCAUGUCCGCUUCAAGACCCCCCAGGAGGGCCAGGAUUACCUCAACAGGAAGCUCUUCCCAUCCAUACAGUUGCAGGCAGUAUGUGAUGGGAAGGGCCUCUUCAUCAACACCUUUGUGGGGUAUCCUGGCUCUGUCCAUGACACCAGAGUCCUGAAGAACAGCAGGCUCUACAGAGCGGCUCUGUAUCCUCCCCCAGGGUACUUUAUUGUGGGUGAUGGUGGCUACCCCUGCAGUGAAAAAACUGUAGCUAUCAUCACCCCAUACAGAGAACCACUGGAAGGGAGGGUAAAGAGCUGCUUCAACCACCGUCAUGCCAAGGCCCGUUGCAUCAUAGAGCGGGCCUUUGGCAUGUUGAAGACAUGGUGGAGAAUGCUGUUCUUCAGGGCUCUGGAGGUCAACCACACCAUUGUCCCCUCCGUCAUCACUGCCUGCGCAGUGCUAUACAACAUCUGCCUGCCAGCGGGGGACAUCCUUGAGCCCGUCGAGGAUGUCGGGCACAUUGGUGUGGUUCCACCACGUCCAGUGAGGGGGGAAUGA